AUGCUUGGUCAGGCUGAGACUUUGCCGACGAUAGCUGAUGAUUUUGGCGGACUGUGCGUCUACAGAGAGCGCAGUCUGAGCCGUGUGCUGGGGCUGCACGACAAGCCAAGGCGUCGGACAGUCAACAAUCUGUGGCGAUCUCCUGCGCCCUGUUCUGACCCGGCGCGACGUCAGGCUCUGACCUUAAGGCACCUGUUCUGCGCUCGAUCCUGGAGAAAUCUCUCACGCGACGCAAAGCAAGCAGACGCGCCUUGUCGCGCCGUUGCCUUGCAGGUGAUGGUCGAGAUGAAGUCCGACACGCUAGACGUCAAAGUUGACGCCUUGUUCGACGAUGAUGAAGCUACAAAACACGAAGGCCUCGACGACGCUCUUCUUGUAGGAGCAGCAGCACGGUGGGACGCUGUUGACUAUGACGACGUCAGCAAUCCGAGCGUGAUGAAGCUAUUCUAUGCCCGUCUCUUUCCCUUUCGACAGCUCUUUCGCUGGCUCAAUGGCUCAGAGAAGCCGAACAGCAAUUGGACUCAUCGCGAGCUCGCGUUCACGUUGGCCAAUGAUGUCUAUCUGAGAUACCAAUCCUUCACCAACGAUGCCGACUUGCGCAAAGAGAUCCUCAGGCUGAACCCUUCCCGCUUCGAGAUCGGUCCCAUCUAUACAUCCCGACCGCGAGACCGUAGGACGGUCAACAAGGCAGCCUUCAAGCCUGUCCGGCGAGAGCUCGUUAUGGAUAUCGACAUGGACGAGUACGACGCGAUAAGAACGUGCUGUACAGGCAAGAAGAUCUGCAAGCGAUGCUGGGGCUUCAUCGCUAUGGCUGCAAAGGUCCUCGAUACUGCCUUGCGGGAGGAUUUUGGGUUCGAGCACCUUCUUUGGGUUUACUCAGGUCGGCGAGGCAUCCACUGCUGGAUAUCCGACCCGGCUGCUUGCAGUCUCAACGAUGAUCAAAGGCGCGCCAUCGUCAACUACCUCGAAGUCAUCAAAGGCGGCGGCGGGCAAGACAAGAAAGUCAACUUGCAUCGUCCGCUGCAUCCCUCGCUCAAGCGCGCAUACGAGCAGCUCAAGCCAUAUUUCAACGACGUCAUCUUGAAGGACCAAGAUGCCUUUGACACUGAUGAACGGUGGGAAGCAUUACUGCGCAUCGUUCCGGAUGACGUUGCAAAUCGCUGCCGGGCCGAGUGGACGGGCAAAAACAUCUCUUCAUCGCUCAAAUGGCGUGACUUGCUCAGCAGCGUAGGCAAAUACAAGACUAAGGGCAAAGAAUCCGCCAAGGACAUCGUCGAAGAUGUCAUUCUGCAGUAUACCUAUCCUCGUCUCGACGCUGAGGUCUCAAAGCAUCUCAAUCACUUGCUCAAAUCGCCGUUUGUCGUUCAUCCAGGAACCGGCAGAGUUUGCGUGCCUAUCCUACCCAAGGACAUCGACGAUUUUGAUCCAGAAGCAGUGCCGACGGUCGGUCAGUUGCUCAGGGAGCUCGAACAAGCGGAUGCCAGGGGAAAUGCGGGCUCAAAUGACUGGGAAAGCACCUCGCUCGCCCCAUAUGUUAGGCUCUACAAGGCGCACAUCGACAGCUUCCCCGGCUUCCAGCCAUCGAGCAAGAGCGUAAAGGCAGAGUCUACGGAAUUCUGA